CCACCUGGUGUCCAACCCGAACACUUGCCGAUAAGUGACACUCGGGGAGGGGAAGCCGAGCAAACUGUAAGCAGCUGGGGAUCCAUUUUGCUCGAAAAGAAGCGACACUAAAGUAUUUGCCAGCGUGUUGUCUGAAGGAUUGCACCGUUCCCCCGUUCGGCGCGCUGGGGAGCCCGAGGAGGGGCCGUGUCGCUGUUUGUAGGAUGUCCCGACAUGAGGGUGUGAGCUGUGAUGCAUGUUUAAAAGGAAAUUUUCGAGGCAGACGCUUCAAGUGUUUAAUUUGCUACGACUACGACCUGUGUGCGUCGUGCUACGAGAGUGGAGCAACAACAACGAGACACACCACAGAGCACCCCAUGCAGUGUAUAUUAACCAGGGUAGACUAUGACUUGUAUUAUGGAGGAGACACUUUUUCAGUAGAGCAACCUCAGUCAUUCACGUGUCCUUACUGUGGCAAGAUGGGCUUUACAGAGACGUCGCUACAGGAGCAUGUCACCUCAGAGCAUGCAGAGACUUCUACAGAGGUGAUCUGUCCAAUAUGUGCUGCCUUGCCAGGAGGUGACCCCAACCAUGUCACAGAUGACUUUACAGCCCAUCUCACACUCGAACAUAGAGCGCCAAGAGAUUUAGAUGAGUCCAGCAGUGUCCGGCAUGUGCGGAGAAUGUUCCAUCCUGGUCGAGGACUGGGCGGUCCUAGAGCACGACGGACUAAUAUGCACUUUACUAGCAGCUCCACAGGGGGGCUUUCAUCCUCCUCAUCACAGAGCUCCACUUAUACUCCCAGUAACAGAGAAGCAAUGGACCCAAUUGCAGAAUUGCUGUCUCAGCUGUCAGGGGUGCGACGCGCAGCAGGGGGGCAAAUAAACUCAUCAGGGCCUUCAGCCUCCCAGCUCCAGCAGCUUCAGAUGCAGCUGCAGCUGGAGCGGCAGCAGGCGCAGGCGGCGCGGCAGCAAGUGGACGCGGGCCGGCACGCAACCCGACGCAGCAACAACCCGGGUAACGCCGGCACCGCCAUCCCUCCACCCAGCGCAGCAACUGCCAACACCGCCACUGUGGGUGAAAGCAAUCCUUCAUCCUCCUCCCACAACUCCCAGUUCCUAUUAGCACGGUUGAAUGAACCGAAGAUGUCAGAAGCAGAGCGGCAGUUACUAGAAGGAGAGCGUGCAGACCGCAGCCUGUUUGUCCAGGAGCUGCUGCUGUCCACCCUGAUGCACGAAGAGAGCUCCUCCUCCGAUGAGGACGAGCGCCGAGACUUCGCCGACUUCGGAGCCAUGGGCUGCGUGGAUAUCAUGCCUUUAGAUGUGGCGCUGGAGAACCUCCAGCUCCGAGAGAGCGUCUCCACGGGGAAGGAGCCUCCGCCGCCUCCUCUUUGAUGUCCGAGCAUCAAGCAGACUGUGUCCUCUGUGCUGCAACUGUCAGUGAUGUGCAGCGGUUCACCCUGGCCUCGACCCACUUUCUCCCCCUUCUAUUUUCUGAGUUUGUUUUUAGUGAUUGUAAUUUCAGGCCUGUCACCAUUUUUGUUACAUUGUAAACAAAAAUAAAUGAGAGCAAGUGGGAUAAAUGUGCGAAUAACAGCUGAGCGAGUGAGAGAAGAAAAAUAUAUGAAUAUAUAUAUAUAAAUAUAUAUGAAGUUGAUAAUCAAUCCACAUCCUUUUUUUCUUUAUCAGGUAAAUGUUACAGGCAGCUGUGCAGACCUUUGCUUCCUGUAACGUGCAAAUGGCUCUCCAUAUAAAUACCCCACAUUCAAAAGUUAAGAGGCUGUCGGCUCCUCUAUUGAAGCUGCUGUGUGUUUAUGACUAUUAAUAAAUAAAAACUGCUUGGAUGGGUUACCAUAACUACUGCAUGCCGUUAUUUGCAGCGUGCAUGGCUUUAAUGACUUUGUCAUUAAAACUUUUUUUAAAUAUUCCAAAGCUUUCAACCGUUUUAAAUGGUUAUUUCUACUUGGUGAAAUGCUAAAAAUCUAGUCGUUUACAAAACGAACACGCAGAAACGAAUCAUGUGAUUCUACAAAUAUAUUGAUGGUAAAUAAUUGGAUUUAUAGUAGCUCCUGAAGAAAUUGUGCGUUGUGUGUCUGGCCAAAAGUAUUUGCGGGAGAGCUACGACUCCACGCAUCCAAUAAAACUAGGAGCAGAACUGACGCAGCUUCCCUCAGUUGUUCCUGCCUGUUCAGUGUUAAGCUGUCUAGGCACAAUUCACAUCAUCAUUUAUGGAUGACUCCAGACGCCCGACUCCAUCCGCUGCUCAUUCUGCAGGUCCAGCGUUUGCCCACUGUUCAGAUGGCUUGUAUGAAUUUCUUUGCUGGUAACAGGAGCUUGAGACUUCUUUGGUUUUUAUUGAGAAAUUUCUGCUAAAUUUAGCACUUUCUAUUUAUUCAUGGUUGUUUUUUUUGUUGUUGUUUUUUCUUGGAGCCUUGGUUCAAAUUGUGCCACCUUCAUGCCUAUAAUUUCCCCACUCUGUAAAAUCCAUGAGAUGUAUUAUGAAUUUGUGCGUUAACUUUCACAAAUGGGCAGACCUUUUUUUAAAAAUGUACAUUUAGAAGACAAUAAAUAUAAAGUGCACAUAGCUUUUGAUGAAACCAAGGCAACAUCACACCUUUUGCAUUUUUUUGUUAUUAAUUACUUCUACAGAUGUUUAAGUGUAGCUGAGCUGAUCAUCUUUUGUUAGCUUACUGUAUGUAGGAGCACAAACAGUGGGAACAGAAGCCCCCUUCUGAACACUUUGAUUUCAAGUCCAGUCAUCACAACUCUUUAUAGGUAAUAUGUGGAAAAGCAAGGAAGUGUUUUAUUAAAAUCAAUGAUAUUAAAGCCACAAACAAAGAGAGAAAGUAUCUUCAUACAGUAUUAAACAUCUGUAAUAUUAUAGCAGAAAAACAGUCAAAGUCGAAAUGAAUCAACUAUGAGUAAUACUGAUUCACAUAAUGGGACAAGUGGGUUCAUGUUUAUUUGUCCUGCUUCCCUCUGAGGACAGUAGCUGACCCCUCAUGCAAGACUGGGAUGCCUGCGUGCACUUCCCUCACUUACUGUAUGGGCAGUUUGAGAAGUGGCACUCUUUUCUGCUAGCAAACACCAAGGUACAGGUAAGCCUGGAACCUUCAUGUUCUUACAAUGCUGUGGGAAUACACGAUCGCUCGAGCAAAGUUCUCAUGACGGUGUCAUUAGUUUGUCCUUGAGUGUGUGUUGGAGACAGCUGUCCAUGUCGCUCCCCAGGAGCUAUUGUUGGAAACAAAUGGUGCCCAUGGGAUACGACGCCUUUCAUGACACGUCAGACUUCUGGUCCCUUUUAAAGUGGCCACAGCUGAUAAAACUAAUCUUAAACACAAACGUUAACUACCAUAUGUUCUGGGCUUCACUACACUACUGUAAAGUCUACGGUCAUUCAGUGCAGUAGAGCAACUCUGCCAUCGAUUCUACUAUUAUAUGUACUUCACAGUUAGUUUUGUUCACAGUUAGUGUGGGUUUUCCCAACAUAUGAGUUUCUUGAGAAUUAGGAAUCAGGAUUAGUUUGAGCAGUCGAAGACACUCAUGUCUGGAAUUAGUUUUAUUUUUUAUACCAGCAGUAUGUGACCUCUAAAUUUAUUUUGGCUUGCAUUAGAUGAAGGCAGACUGUUCUGCACAGUUAUCAUUCUCUGCUUCUCCCUAAAGGUUGUGAAUGGAAGAUAGCUGAGGCUCUAAAGGGUAUUGUAAGACAUACCACCUUUAUUAAAUGCACAGUAUCACAAGGAACAUUUCCAUUAAUUGUGGAUAAGCUACUCACAUGAUGCACAAAGCAUUGAAUUGAUUGAUAGAACUGGCUGAUUAAGCAGGAUUAAAUCUGCCAGGAGAGAGUGCUCACACACACACACACACACACACACACACACACACACACACACACACACACACACACACACACC